AUGCUCCGGAGGCCGAGCCGCGGCGGGCUGACUCCACAGUGUGUAAUCUCGGCGGGCCGGGAGGUCCUGGCGGGUAGCAGGGCGGUGCGGAAGGAAGAGGACUCGGAUCCUCGGUCCGCCUUCUGCCCUUGCCUGCCGAGGGUUCGGGCCACCGUGAGCGAGGGCCGGGGCGCAGCUAGGAGGCGGGCGCGAGCGCCAGGCAGGAGCGGUGGGCGUGCGCGGAGAGGCCGGGGACCCCCUGAGACGGGAUCCAGCGUAGCGGAUGAGGCGGGGAGGCCGGGAGACCAGGAGGGGGUGGGGAGUGGGCGGAGGCCUGGCCGCGCCGGAGGGGCUGGGGGCACUGUGGAGGGGGCGGCGCCCGGCUGGGCUGCCCGGCAGGCUCCCCUCCCCGUGGCCGCGCGCCCCGCCCGGGACUCGAGAGAAGGGGAGUCAGGCCCGCGGGCCUUUGGGUUCUGGGACCGCCCUUCCCGCUUCGGGGCCGGCGGGGAGCGGCAGCGACGGCUGCAGCUGCAGCGGCAGCAUGAGAGCCGGUGUCGCUCCUCCACGCCUGCGGACGCGCGGCGAGCGGCGGCGGCUCUGCCAGCGCGCACCAUGGGGGCGCCGAGGGGCCGGGCGGCGGGGCGCCGGCGCGGGCGGCGCCGAGGCCCGGGGAUGCCGGGGACCGGCUUGGCGUUGGCGGCCGCCGGCCUGAUGUGCACCGCGCUGGCCGCCUACGCCUUCUGGGGGCAGCUGCCGCCGCUGCCCUGGGCGUCCGCCGCCCCGCCGCAGCCGGUGAGCGUGCUGCUGUGGUGGGAGCCCUUCGGGGGGCGCGGCGGCGGCGCGAGGCCGCCCCCCGACUGCCGGCUGCGCUUCAACAUCAGCGGCUGCCGCCUGCUCACCGACCGUGCGGCCUACGCAGAGGCUCAGGCCGUGCUGUUCCACCACCGCGACCUCAUGAAGGGAUCCACCGACUGGCCCCCGCCCUGGGGCGUCCGGAUGCGCACAGCGGAGGAGCUGGAGCUGCGUGUGUUGGACGACGAGGAGGAAGCGGCGGCGACGGCGGCAGAAGCAGCUCUGGCGAACUCGGGCCCCAGACCCCCGGGCCAGCGCUGGGUGUGGAUGAACUUCGAGUCGCCCUCCCACUCCCCGGGGCUGCGAAGCCUGGCAGGUAACCUCUUCAACUGGACGCUUUCCUACCGGGCCGACUCGGACAUCUUCGUGCCUUAUGGCUACCUCUAUCCCAGGAGCCACCCCAGCGACCAGCCGCCAGGCCUGGUCCCACCGCUGUCCCGGAAACGGGGGCUGGUGGCCUGGGUGGUGAGCCACUGGAAUGAGCGCCAGGCCCGGGUCCACUACUACUACCAGCUGAGCCAGUAUGUGCCCGUGGAUGUGUUUGGCCGGGGCGGGCCAGGGCGGCCUGUGCCCGACAGCGGGCUCCUGCACACAGUGGCCCGCUACAAGUUCUAUCUGGCUUUCGAGAACUCGCAGCACCUGGAUUAUAUCACAGAGAAGCUCUGGCGCAACGCGUUGCUGGCUGGGGCGGUGCCAGUGGUGCUGGGCCCAGAGCGUGCCAACUACGAGCGCUUCGUGCCCCGUGGAGCCUUCAUUCACGUCGACGACUUCCCUAGUGCCUCCUCCCUGGCCGCCUACCUGCUCUUCCUCGACCGCCACCCCACCGUCUACCGCCGCUACUUCAACUGGCGCCGGAGCUAUGCCGUGCACAUCACCUCUUUCUGGGACGAACCUUGGUGCCGGGCCUGCCAGGCUGUGCAGAUGGCUGGGGACCGGCCCAAGAGCAUACGCAACUUGGCCCGCUGGUUUGAGCGGUAA